AUGCCGUUCGAGACCCGACCAGAUCUCUCUCUCUCUCUCUCUCCUCUUCGGAAGAUACGACGAACUCGCCGAGUUUACAUACGAACGCGAACACCGCAUCUCCUUCUCUCCCUCCCUCUGCGCUCCGAUUUCGCUCAUCGAACGAGCGGGACCGAGCUACUUCUCCCCGUGCUCAGCUCCUGAUUGCUUCCCCGAGGUCAGUCUUUGAAUUGAUCUCCGCCUGUCGGGCCGUCAUCAUUUCUCUGGUGCCCCCGAGCAGCCGGCGGAGUAAAGAUCGAGUCUUCCUUCGAGAUCCUGGACCAGCGCUCGCGGGUCUUCAUGCUAUAGGCUUUCUUUCAGGUUCUCAAUGGCAAGACCAAAUUCAGCUGAUGGUAGGACUAGGACCUCCGUACAAAUACUUAUUGUGGCUGGUUUGUGCCUUUUCUUCUAUGCGCUCGGUGCCUGGCAACGGAGUGGUUUUGGCAAGGGAGAUAGUAUAGCUUUGGCAAUCACAAACAGUGGCGCAGACUGUGAUGUAGCUUCUAAUUUGAAUUUUGAAACUCAUCAUGGUGGUGAAUCGGAGACUUCUGGCGAAUCUGAAAAUGCCAAGGUUUUUGAGCCAUGCAAUUCUCACUUCACUGAUUACACACCUUGCCAAGAUCAAAAACGUGCCAUGACCUUUCCGAGGGAGAAUAUGAACUACCGGGAGAGACAUUGUCCUCCUGAGGGUGAGAAGCUGCACUGUCUUAUCCCAGCACCCAAAGGUUAUGUAACUCCAUUCCCCUGGCCAAAGAGUCGGGACUAUGUGCCCUAUGCAAAUGCACCAUACAAAGCUUUGACUGUUGAGAAAGCUAUUCAGAACUGGAUUCAGUAUGAGGGCAGCGUAUUUAGGUUCCCAGGUGGUGGGACACAAUUUCCUCAGGGAGCAGAUAAGUACAUAGAUCAACUUGCUUCUGUGAUACCAAUUGACAAUGGAACAGUCAGGACUGCACUUGAUACGGGUUGUGGGGUCGCAAGCUGGGGUGCAUACCUCUGGAGUAGGAAGGUCAUUGCCAUGUCUUUCGCGCCUAGAGAUUCACAUGAAGCGCAGGUUCAGUUUGCUCUCGAACGUGGUGUACCUGCUGUCAUUGGUGUCCUUGGUACCAUAAAGAUGCCAUAUCCUUCAAGGUCCUUUGAUAUGGCUCACUGCUCUCGGUGCCUAAUUCAAUGGGGGUCCAAUGAUGGAAUGUACCUUAAGGAAGUUGAUCGAGUUUUGAGACCUGGUGGUUACUGGAUUCUUUCAGGUCCUCCAAUCAACUGGAGGACCAAUUAUAAAGCAUGGCAACGCCCAAAAGAGGAACUUCAGGAGGAACAGAGGAAGAUUGAGGAGGUUGCCAGCCUCCUGUGCUGGGAGAAGAAAUACGAAAAAGGCGAAAUAGCCAUUUGGCAGAAGAGAAUAAAUGCUGAAUCAUGCCGUGCUAGGCAAGAUGACUCUCGAGCUACUUUCUGCAAGUCUGCAGAAGAUAAUGAUGUGUGGUACAAGAAAAUGGAGGCAUGUGUAACUCCAUAUCCUGAUGUUAACGAUUCAGAUGAAGUUGCUGGAGGAGAACUCAAGCCAUUUCCACAGAGGUUAUAUGCUGUCCCUCCGAGAAUUGUCAGUGGAUCUAUUUCUGGAGUUUCUGUUGAGACGUACCAGGAAGACAGCAAUAAGUGGAAGAGGCAUGUCAAUGCCUACAAGAAAAUGAAUAAGCUUCUUGACACUGGAAGGUAUCGCAACAUUAUGGAUAUGAAUGCCAGGUUGGGAGGCUUUGCUGCAGCUAUUGAGUCUCCUAAAUUGUGGACGAUGAAUGUUGUGCCCACAAUAGCUGACAAGAGCACUCUUGGUGUCAUCUAUGAGCGAGGAUUGAUCGGCAUCUAUCAUGACUGGUGUGAAGCAUUCUCCACAUAUCCAAGGACAUACGACCUUAUCCAUGCCAAUGGAGUUUUCAGUCUGUACAACGAUAAGUGUGACGCAGAGGACAUUCUCCUUGAGAUGGAUCGAAUUCUGCGUCCAGAAGGUGCGGUAAUAAUCCGUGAUGAGGUUGAUGUGCUGAUUAAAGUGAAGAAGAUAGUAGGAGGGAUGAGGUGGGACACUAAAAUGAUGGACCAUGAAGAUGGUCCGCUUGUCCCAGAAAAGAUUUUGGUUGCCGUUAAGCAGUACUGGGUCGCUGGAGGGAACUCAACAUCUUCACACUAAGUGGCUCAGUGGAAAGUCUGGUUCACAUAUGAGCUUGCAAAGCAUUAAUCUUAUGAUUGGCAAAUUUUGAUGGUAUGUCCGGCCUGAUGGGUGCACGGAGUGGGAAGCAUCAACUCAAUAUCUGCUGCACGGUACUUUUACCUAGUAUUUAACUAUUGUAUAAGACAAUGAUCAUGUUUGUUUUAUCAAUCAUUAAAUUUUUGACCGUCCGGUGUGCAUAAUUGUAACACAGGAAAACAAAUGCAACUACUGCCUUCUUUGUAUUAUUAAGAUCUUGUUACUGAGCGGUCAUUUUUCUUUAUGGUAAUUUGCCGUA